AUGGCUUUACAAGAUAUUAGAAUACUUGUUGCAAUAGACUUUGGAACCACCUAUUCUGGUUUUGCGUAUGUCCAUAAAGAAACUCCUGAAAGCGUUGUUGUAAACAGUUCUUGGCCAGAACGAGAAGGUAUUUUUAAAACACCUACUGCACUGCAAUACGAUGAAGGAUAUAAUAAUGUGACAAAUUGGGGAGAUUCGGCAUUAGAAGAGGAACCUGAUGAAGAAUUUGAUGAUUCAGAAGAACAACGUCCACGUCCCGUGGAAUUAUUUAAGUUACAUUUAUCGGAUUUACAAGAGCAUGAAAAACCUUGGUUACCCCCUCAAUUGAGUCAUACUAAAGCCAUUGAAGAUUAUUUAACUCAAUUGAGGAAAUUAAUCAAAGAAACUCUUGAGAAACGAUGGCCUACAUUAAGAUUUCCUCAUCAAGUUGAUUUUGUGUUUACAAUUCCAGCCGAGUGGCCUCCAAAUACAACAAGAAUCAUGAGGCAAUGUGCAUAUAACGCAGGAUUAUUGACCUACUUUAAUUCAAAGAAUAUCGAAUUUACUACUGAACCCGAAGCUGCAGCACUUCACUGUCUUAGCGUCGUAAAGGAACAUAAAUUGAAACCAGGAGAUACUUUCUUAGUAGCUGAUUGCGGUGGUGGUACAGUAGAUUUGACAUCACGAAAACUUCUUCCAGAAAAUAAAUUGAGUGAAAUUACUGAACGCAUCGGUGAUCUUUGUGGCAGCACAUUCGUUGAUAAAGAAUUUUUAUCAUGGCUUGGUAGAAAAGUAGGAUUUAAAGCUUUAGAAAGUUUAAAAUCAAAUAAUUACGGACAAAUGCAAUUUUUAGUACAAAGAUUUUUUUGUCAAC